AUGUUCAAAGCUCUCCUGGGCGGGGGUCGCUCAUCCUCCGAUGUCCGCAGCUCCUCCAGCUCCAAGAGCAGUAGCCGGCGCAGAACCGACUCGAAGUCUUCGACAGUGAGCCGCAAGUCCUCACGGGGUGACGACCGUGAUCGUGGCUUGGGUGACCUGUCGACCUACCGAUCCUCGAGCAGUCGGAGCAAACGUUAUGCGCCGAGUCUAGCGGGAGAGUCCGUCGCUUCGAGCUACGCGACGGCAGACCAGGGCCCCGUUGAGCCGGAUCGCUACGUGAUCGAACGCGCGCCGAGACGCCAGGACUCUGACGACACCAUCCGUGGCGAUCGAUACCGAGACAAUGGCGAUGAAGAGGGGAAAACCUCCCGCCGGCGCGAGCGAGUGCGAUCGCCGAGCCGGGAGCGUGAGCGGACCAGGACAGAUCGCAACGAUCGCGCCGGCGACACCAUAUCGCGCGACCGUGAUGGCGAUCGGCCAGAACGAAAACGUACUCAGUCGGGCGAUAUGUACUCACCACCGGUGUCUGUGGUCACUAACGGAACGCCAACCACUUCAUUGCCCAGCCCACCACAUGCGACCGCAUUCUACGAUCCUCAUAUACCGCAACAGUUUCCUGGCCAGUUCCCGACAUAUGUUGCCGAACCCUACCGACCCCCGCACCCGGCAGGUGAAGCAGCCGAAUACUAUGGCGACCAGGGACAGUCGGUUCAAGACCAGCCAGGCGUCCGGCCUAAACCUCCUUUGGUGACCCCGAGCGACCAAGCGCAUCUGAUGGCAGCGUCUCCAGUAGCAAACCCGCCACCAGAACCUAGUAGCAUGGGGCAGGUCGGCGCCGCAGCAGCCUACUACACGGACGACGCUGAUCUAGGGAUCGAACAAGCUGAACAGCCAUCUUCUGCCUCUGCCUCCAAGCCGCCAAAGCCGGCGAAACCGUCCAAACCAAAACCGCCGAGACCGUCCGUACAGACAGCCGCGAUAUCUGGAUCACCCGCCGCUGCGGUAGCAACAACGGCGGCGGCGGCUGCAGCCACUGAGCUUUCGGAGCACACCAUCUCAGAAUCCCCUUCAACCUAUGUGCCGCCUAGCGCAUCGAGCCCUCAGAAGCCUCCUCAUUCUCAGGGAGUCGGUGCCGCAGUCGGCGCAGCGGCAGUAGGUGCAGCAGCUGGCUACAUGAUGAGUCACCACCAUCAGUCCUCCGUUAGCGUAGACCAUUCUUAUCAAGAGACCGUGCAAAACCACGAAGAGGUCUCUCAGAACAGUCCAGCUUACCCAGAUCCCUCGAUGUACCCACCCCAGCAAACCCCGACAUCAUUUGCAGCGGGACCCGCGGCAGCGGCAGCGGCAGCAGCGGCAGGGUACGCGGCAAGUCCUCUGCACCCUCAUCAUGCUGCCGUCUAUCACGGUGCUCCAUUCCAGUCCGGAGGCUUAGCUUUCCAGCAACGCCAACGGGGUCCUUUGGAUAAGUUUAUCGACUUCUGGCGGGAUCCAGAGGGGGUAGGGAUGUUCGAAGACUACACAGAAACCAUCGGGAUUUGCCAAUAUUGCUUUGAACCCGGCUCGACAUCACGAGACGCACCUCGGAGACACAACCAUAAGCCCCGACGCCGUUCUGCAGAUCGAUACACCAAUGGCUCACGUGUUGAUAAGACAAGCCGCUACACGUCGUCGGAGGAUGAAGGGAGGCGUCGCAAAAGAUCGCCAAGUAAUUCAUGGCUGCCCGGAUUACUUGGUGGGAUUGCGGUCAAGUCGAUAUUCAGUAACAAGGAGUUUGACGAGUCUUAUAGCAUCCGAUCGGGUCGGGUGGCAAGCUCUCGGCAUUCCAUACACGAAAGUGAGGGCGCAUCCACAGCUGGUCGACAAAGCCAAACCUCGCGUGGCGUCUACAGACGAUCCUAUCGGAGCCAGUCUCGAGAACGAACUGAUCACAGCUUUUAUCAUUCGGACUCGAAGCUGAGUAAAUACGAAGAUUCCCGCGUACGCUCUCGCUCGCGGUCCCGGUCAUCAUCCAGAGUCCAGCGACAUGCCGCGCUGAGGGAUGCGGCACUGGGCGCUGCAGUAGGAACAGCGGCCAUGUCAGAAUAUGAAUCCCGCCACCGAAGCAGAAGCCGCAGCCCGUCUCCUAGAAAGGCCAGGGGUAGAAAGACGUCUUCCUCUGAUAGCUCCUUUGUCGACAUCUCAAGACCAGCUCGAAAGACCGUUGGUAGUGGCUUCAGUUCGUUUUUCACUGCAUCAUCGGAAAAUCGUCGGAAGCGACGAACCAAGAGGCGCAAGAGCAUCUUUUCGUUUCAUAACUCUUCGUCGUCAUCCCUCGAUGCGGAUCUGGCGUUUGGGAAUGGUUACACGAAACGCCAGUCAGGUAAGUCUAACAGGAAAGGCAAAAAGAAGGCAGACGAAGAUGUGGAUGCAGCGUUGCUAGGACUAAGCGCAACCGCAACAGCGUUGGUGGCCUCUUCCGAGCGGAGUCGUCGGCGUACCGGGGAGAUCCUUGCCGGCAAGGAAUCUCGAUCCGGUCGAUCAUAUUGUGAGUCGUCUGCUGCCAACGAUGACGGCUGGGAGGACCUAGACUCUGGAGACCAGUCCUCAUCAAGCGUCAACUCUGGUCUUGCAUUUGGAGGUAGUGGGCUUUUCCCUAGCACGGACUCACACUCAUCCGACUCUGGAACGUCGAGGUGGACUUGGGGAUGGGGACGUAAGAAGACCAAGAAGAAGAGGAGGUCUCGCUCACCGGGUAAGCGCUUCCCUGCGGAGGCCGCAAUUGCCGCUGGUCUCGGUACAGCCGCCUUAGCUUCGGCAUACCACCGGGAUUCAAAGGCAUCUGGCCAGGAUGCCGCAAGCAGCACUGGAAGUCUUCAACACGUGGCCCCUAUACCCACCAGUGACCCUUCGCGUUUCGACGCCAUCAAUGUGUCAUCUCUGCCUCCUGCUCAGCCGACAUUAGUCCGGCCAGGACCGAUUCCGCUACAGCAACCUCAACCGGUGACACGGGUUUCACAGUCUGUAUACACCACUCAAGGUGAAUCCAUCCAUGCUUACAGUGCACCUGACGAGCCACCUACUCCCGGAAGUGCUUUCAUGCCUUAUGAAACCCCGUUGCCACAUGCAAGAAGCGACAGAUGGAAUCAGAGAUCUGAGGAAUACGUUGAGCGAAGCGACAUCUCUUCAAGGAUCAACCGUUCACACCGGCGUAGUGACUCCUCUCCCGUCAUCCACACCGAGCCCCUUGAGAGCAUGUCAACGACAAGUGUUAGACGUCGCGCGACGCUGAAAGAUCAAGCCUCCGUUCAGUUCGACUUGACCGAGGAGCAGGCUAACAAGGAACGACGUUCUAAUCAACGGGAAAGCUCACGACGUGAUGGUGAGCGCAGAGAAGGAGUGCAACUUGUAGAUAGAGAGCAAGAGAUGGCGGUUCGGAACGCUGAGCACCAAGCAAGCCGCCAGAGAGAACGCGAAUAUGAGAAGUCAAGGAUGGAGGAAGAAUAUUCUCGGAGAGAGAGAGAUUCCUCAUCCUGGAUUGGUGCCGCUGCCGCAGGCGCUGUGGGUGUUGCUGCUGUCGGUACAAUGCUGUCCGGCAAAUCCUCCAACGAUGAUUCCUCCGAGACUGCCAGUCAACGGCGGCACGAGGAGCGUCGAGAAAAGCGCCGCGCAGAGAGACGCCGCGUCUCGGAGUCCGAGUCUAUCGCAUCGAGUCUUCCGAUGUCUGAAGCUGGGAAACCCGUGGCCGAGGAGCGCUCGCAAGUGGUCCGCCAGCCAGAGGAUGUCAGGCCUCAGCCAUCUCGUCGGCCUCCUCGCACAAAGCCCGCUAAGCCCGUCUACGAGGACUACGCGCGUUUCUUCGCGCCGGAAGAACUACGCUACAGCCCUGAUACUUACGCACGCCGAGAGCCUACGUCGAUGCCCACAAUCAUUGAAGUCGAGCCUACAAAUGAAGCUUCAAUUGUGACGGAAGAGCCGCAUCCUGACUACACUGGCUUACCAUGGCCUGUCCCGGGACUGACACUUACUGAGCCCACACCUCCGCAAAGCUUGAUUGGCUCCGCCAGGGCGUCGCCGAUUAUCUUGAUCCCAGAGCGGCCCAAAGAGGAUGUCACGUUUGAACGACAAACGACCGGCUCGCGCGUGUCCUGGGGCAAGCAUGAGAUGCAUGAAUAUGAAGUCCCCUCGACAUCCUCUGAGCUCGAAUCAGUGGAUCAAGAUACUAGAGGCAUCGAGCACGGAGACGUUGAGCAUAUCACUGCACGCGAUGUCCAAGAGUACCCGGCUGGCUCCUCUACUGACCCUUCACCUAAGGAUGUACCGAGCAUUGUGGGAGCGGAUAUUGAGUUUGCAGCUGCACUUGCUGCUGCAACUGCAGCUGCAGGCUUUGACCCCUCCCUUGUGACAGAUGACCCCACCUACCAUACAAGGAGCUCUCCCAUGUCGAAGUCUAAGGUGGAGUUUGUUUCGCCCUGGGAUGAAAUGCCCGUCUCGCGCACGGUACCUCAUGGAUUUGUCGAAGGUGAAGUGGAAACACCGGAUAAUGAAAGAGCACCGGUAACGCUGGACCACCGCAUUGAGGAUAGCCCCCUCUUUGCUGAACCUGAGCCUCUGUCUGGUGGCGAGAUCAUAACACCAGCCCCACAGUCAAUCGCGCAAGCGGUUAUCGAGCACCUCAAUCGUCCGAAAGGGCGCGAUGCCAACGACAGGUUUGAUAGCCAGCGAAGCCUGGAAUCCGUCAGCAAAAGCGAACAGAUCGAACCCCCUGAGGAAGUCCUUUCCAUGCCUGGCGGCUUUGAGCCCGAAGAACUAUUCGAAACCCCAAAGGAACCGAGCGAUCCGACCACAACGCAAGGAGAUCGCUCUUUCUCGGUAGUAUCAGCACCCGAAGCAAGAGACGAUAUGGUUUCAACCACCCAAGACAAUUCCGACCAGAGCGGCAGUGACUUUGAAGGGAAUGACGAAAUUAGUGCAUCUGCGGUCGGGAGUGAAGCAGUUGAAGGAAAGAAGAAGCGACGGAAGAGGCGUUCCAAGCGCAAAAGUGACAAUUCUGAAGAAGCGGUUUCCAGCACCUCUUCGCCCGCCAGAUCUGGAGAGGCCAGCGACAAGCGCAGGAGCACGGAUGAGAAGUCCAAAGAGACCAGAUCCGGCGGUUACUUGAGCAAUCUUUUCGGAUCCAGAAUUUCCGAACCGGUGGAAGUGCAAAGGGCAUCCUCUUCUGAUAGGCGCUCCUCCCGUGAAGUCCAAUCAGAGGUUGGUCCUCGACGGAGGGAGAAGUCUUCCAGGCGACGCAGCUCCAACCGAGGGGACGCCCUGGAUGACGAAACCAGCGCAGUUGAGGACAAGGAGAACAUUAACGUUGAGCAUUAUAAGUCUAGCCGGCAACGAAGGGAAGAAAGACGGCGACAGAGAUACGAGGACAUGAUGGAUUCGGGUAAACCCUCGGAGUAUGAGAAGGUAUAGUGCUUGGCUGUCUUUCCCGUUACUUGUAAAUCUUUUUUUGGUUUUUGCCCAGGCUAUUCCCAUAUCUGCUUGAGAGGUUUCGUACCGUGCAUAUACUAAGGGUUUCAUUCUUUCUUUCCCAUGUAUAGGAACGGGAGCAAUUGCAGGACG